GUGGUAAGCCUGUGUUUCCCAUGUCGGCUUGCGUCGAGUGCUAUUCGGCUAUGCAAGUUGACAGGCAGCUGGGCAAUAUUUUCUCUUCUCCUGCUUCAUUGUUUCCCCCGUUUUUUUUUAAGUUCAGAGCUUCUCCUUGAAUAUGUACUUACAGUAGUCUUACAAGCAUCUAAAAACCGAUUCUUUUUGGAACGAAAAAGUACGUGGGAGAAAGUGUUUCCCACACAUAUAAUAAGAAAUGAAACUACAGGCAGGGGCUUUUGCCCUAGAAUAAACUAAUGUGGGGGUGGUCUCCAUGGGUGUUUCCGUUAUCCUUGUUUCCAGUCAUCCUACCUAGAUGGAAAUGUUUUCGUAAGAAAAUUGCUUUGAGCAGUUGUUGUUUUGGCAGAUAGCAGAUGCUCUCCACUUGGACAAUUUGCUGCUGUGUGCACGUACAGUGCACAAAAUGGAUGGAGAAACAUUAUUUUCAGGGAGCAGGGGAGAGAGUUUAUAGUUGCUAUGAUCGAUAUAUUGCUUAUCCCUCAACGUCCUGUACCGGAUGUGUGAUGACUUGUAUGCAUGACCAGUGAAGGAGCAAAGGUAACACGUGUAUAUCUUCUACUUGUCCUUCAGUUAGCUUGCACUGCAUGCUAAGUGAAAACUUCUAAUAUUCAAGUGCCAACAUGCCACUUAGAAAAUGUAUGAGUGACAACUAUACAUCAACUAAUAACAGCUGUAGUGCUAGCAUCAUCACUAGGCAAGUAGUAGUGAAAAAUUGUCUGCCAUCAGAUCUACAAGAAGAUAGGCAUCUAACGCAUGCAAUGGCUUGAAAUUAAACAACUGCUGCACUUGCAAUAUAACUAUGCAUUCCAUAUACCAUAUAUAAAUGAAAAGAACCAAGCAUGAAUUUCUCCACCACAGUUGGGAGCUAGCUAGGACCAUUCCACAUUUUCCCAGUGAUUAAACAAUCAUCUUAAUUAUAUACGAUUUCCAGUACUGCCAUUUUUUUUCUCAGGGGUUCACUAGCACCAGCCGGGCCGUGCAUGGAGCAUGAACCGACCGUCCAUGAGCUCACGGCCUCGUCACGGCGAUGACGUACAGGCGACACACAUCCAGCUGGGCCCCUCCUUCCAUGUUCCAAGCCAUUUCCUUUGGUGAGUUGUUCUUCCUCUUCCCCCCCUCCCGAUCGCCCUCGUCGUCUACUUUUCCUCUCAACUUCCCACCGAGCACACCAAUAAAAACUGCAGCUGCUGCCCAAUAACCUAUCUACUCUAGCAGUCUAGCUACGGCUGAUGAGCAGGUGUCAAUACAAGAGUAGCAAAGCUGAGAAUAUCUAGUUCCUACUUUGCUAGCUUUCCUAGUAAUACUAGACUGCUAGCAGCAGCAAUUAGCUAUAGUAGCGGCUCCUCCCAUGGCGUCUCCUGAUGGUGGCGUUGGAGACGGCGGCGCGGAGCCACAUGAAGUUAUGGACGACCUGCUCGAGAUGCGCGAGCAAGCGGCGAUGCUCCACAGCAUGCUACAUGGGACAUCGCCGUCGAGCUGUGCGGCGGCGGCGAGCACCAGGCAGCUGAAUCAGCUGAUAGACGGGGUGAUGAGCAGGCUGCAGUCCAGCUCGCUGUCGGUGAUGUCGCCUGGAGGAGGAGGAGGAAGAAGAGGAUCGGGCGGGAGGAAGAAGAAAGGCGCCAAGGCCGUGGCCGGGCCGCACAGGCGGAGCAGCUCCGGUAGAAGAAGAUCGAAAAGUCCUUUUGUCAGGAUGGUCACGACCAAGGAGCUGGAGGACGGCAGGCAAUGGCGAAAGUACGGGCAGAAACAUAUACAGGACUCCCCAAAUAAUCCAAGGAGCUACUACAGGUGCACGCAUAGGCCAGACCAAGGUUGUAUGGCCACAAAGCAAGUACAGACCUCCGAGUCUAACUCGUCGGAGUUCGUCAUCAGCUACUACGGUGAGCACACCUGCAGCGACCCUUCCACCAUCCCGUUCGUCGUCGAGGCCGAAGCUCCCGCUGCAGACUACGCGAACCUCAUCAGCUUCGGAUCCAGCGGCGGCGCGAGCACAAGCAGAGUCGACCCUCUUCGUCAGAGCCGCCAUCGUUUGAUGGCAGAAGCCGUUGAUCCGACGCCGUCCUGCAGCUUCGCCAACUGCCACUCUCCGGUACUGUCCUCGGAGUGCGCCAGCGAGGCGGCGGCGCUCAGCAGCAGCCUGCCGCUCUCCGCCGUGGUGGGAUCGGCGGUGACAACGCCGUCGACGUCGAUCGUGGGUUCAGCGCCUGCGGAUUACGACUGGCCGUCAGGGCUCGCCGGAGGUGACAUGGCCGGCAGCUUCCCGUCCUCUCCCAGCAGCCUCGGGUUCAUGACUGGCUCCUUUGGGAAUCUUCCUGGGGAUGACGACGACAUGUUUGGCUUCGAUCCUUAACAAGGGCUGUGCAUGCAUACAUUCUUGCCAUGCUAAUUAUUGCUACUACUAAUAUUCAAGAAAAACAAGUCCGCUAUUUGCAUGCAGAAGUGUAUGCAUGCAUGCAUAAUACUAUUGCUGUGAGGCUAUAGCAAAUUAGCAAUACUUGUAGUACAUGUGUGUACUGCUAUUGGAGGAAAUCCAAUAUAUAUACGGUACGUAGUAAAUAUGUGUAUUAGUUGAUCGCUGUACUAGUGAGUUGUGUGUAUGUGAUUUUGUAAGUAUUGAAACAUAAUUUGAAAUUAAUAUAUAGUAGUGAAAGUAAUAUAUACUCCGUGUUA